CGCCCCGCCGGGCUCCCCGGCCACGCGCGCCCGCCCGCGGACCUAACCUCCGCGCCUGGGAUGCGCCGGGGAUGCGCGUCCUGCGGCCCUGCGGCUGCUCCCGGCUGGGCGCGGGGCGAUGGAGCUGAGCAUGAGGAAGUUCACCGUGCGCAGGUUCUUCUCCGUGUACCUGCGCAAGAAGUCGCGCUCCAAGAGCUCCAGCCUAGGUCGGCGCGAGGAAGAAGGCAUCGUCAAGGAGAUCGACAUCAGCCACCAUGCGAAGGACGGGUUCGAAAAGGCCGACCCCUCCCAGUUCGAGCUGCUGAAGGUCCUGGGGCAAGGGUCCUACGGGAAGGUGUUCCUGGUGCGUAAGAUCGCGGGGCCCGACGCGGGACAGCUGUACGCCAUGAAGGUCCUGAAGAAGGCGACCCUGAAAGUUCGGGACCGCGUCAGGUCGAAGAUGGAGAGAGACAUCCUGGCAGAAGUGAAUCACCCUUUCAUUGUGAAGCUUCAUUAUGCCUUUCAGACGGAGGGGAAGCUCUACCUGAUCCUGGACUUCCUGCGGGGAGGGGACCUCUUCACCAGGCUCUCCAAGGAGGUCAUGUUCACGGAGGAGGACGUCAAGUUCUACCUGGCUGAGCUGGCCUUGGCUUUGGACCACCUCCACGGCCUGGGGAUCAUCUACAGGGACCUGAAACCCGAGAACAUCCUCCUGGACGAAGAGGGACACAUUAAGAUCACAGAUUUCGGGCUGAGCAAGGAGGCCAUCGACCACGACAAGAGGGCCUAUUCGUUCUGCGGGACGAUCGAGUACAUGGCGCCCGAGGUGGUGAACCGGCGGGGACACACGCAGAGCGCCGACUGGUGGUCCUUCGGCGUGCUCAUGUUCGAGAUGCUCACGGGGUCCCUGCCGUUCCAGGGGAAGGACAGGAAGGAGACCAUGGCCCUCAUCCUCAAGGCCAAGCUGGGCAUGCCCCAGUUCCUCAGCCCGGAGGCCCAGAGCCUGCUGCGCGCCCUCUUCAAGCGCAACCCCUGCAACCGGCUGGGUGCUGGCAGUGACGGAGUGGAGGAGAUCAAGCGUCACCCUUUCUUUGUGACCAUAGACUGGAAUAAGCUGUACAGGAAGGAGAUCAAGCCGCCCUUCAAGCCCGCGGUGGGCAGGCCCGAGGACACCUUCCACUUUGACCCCGAGUUCACAGCCCGGACGCCCACAGACUCGCCGGGUGUCCCCCCCAGCGCCAACGCUCACCACCUGUUCAGGGGCUUCAGCUUCGUGGCCUCGGGCCUGGUCCAGGAGCCCCCGCAGCAGGACCUGCACAGAGCCGCCGUCCACCCCAUCGUGCAGCAGCUGCAUGGGAACAACGUCCACUUCACCGACGGCUACGAGGUCAAGGAGGACAUCGGGGUGGGCUCCUACUCCGUGUGCAAGCGGUGCGUGCACAAAGCCACCGACACGGAGUACGCCGUGAAGAUCAUCGAUAAGAGUAAGCGAGACCCCUCGGAAGAGAUAGAGAUCCUGCUGCGGUACGGCCAGCACCCGAACAUCAUCACCCUCAAGGACGUCUACGACGACGGGAAGUUCGUGUACCUGGUGACUGAGCUGAUGCGCGGCGGGGAGCUGCUGGACCGCAUCCUGAGGCAGAGGUGCUUCUCGGAGCGGGAGGCCAGCGACGUGCUGUGCACCAUCAGCAGGACCAUGGACUACCUGCACUCGCAGGGGGUUGUGCACCGAGACCUGAAGCCGAGCAACAUCCUGUACGUGGACGAGUCUGGGAACCCGGAAUCCAUCCGGAUCUGCGACUUCGGCUUCGCCAAGCAGCUGCGCGCCGAAAACGGGCUGCUGAUGACGCCGUGCUACACGGCCAACUUCGUCGCCCCAGAGGUCCUGAAGCGGCAGGGCUACGACGCAGCGUGUGACAUCUGGAGCCUGGGGAUCCUGCUGUACACCAUGCUGGCGGGGUUCACCCCGUUCGCAAACGGCCCCGACGACACUCCCGAGGAGAUCCUGGCGCGGAUCGGCAGCGGGAAGUACGCCCUGUCCGGCGGGAACUGGGACUUCAUCUCCGACGCGGCCAAGGACGUGGUCUCCAAAAUGCUCCACGUGGACCCUCACCAGCGCCUGACAGCAGUUCAGGUCCUGAAACACCCAUGGAUCGUGAACCGAGAGUACCUGUCCCAAAACCAGCUCAGCAGGCAGGACGUCCACCUGGUGAAGGGCGCGAUGGCUGCCACCUACUUUGCUCUCAACAGGACGCCUCAGGCCCCACGGCUGGAGCCCGUGCUCUCGUCCAGCCUGGCCCAGCGCAGAGGCAUGAAGAGACUCACGUCCACACGGUUGUAGCGGAAGGGCCGGCGACAUCCUCGGCCCCCGGGCGCCGCAUCGCAGGCGUUGCUGGAGCCGCCGCGGCCGCCCUCGCUCCUCCCGCUGUCCUCGUUCAGCCCCAGAGGGUCUGGGCCGCCUCUUCCCGACGCCUCGCCCUGCCAGCCUGGCCGCCGCCUACCCCGCAAGCCACGUGGACUCGGGCACCGCAGCCCCCACGCCGAGCCCGGCGGCUCCUCCCGGCGCUGUUCACCACCGCUGCUCCUGCCGGUGCGGACAGACACUUUCCGGCGAGGAAGCUGGCUGCCUGCUCAGGCCCGCGAUGCCGGUCCUGGUUACCUGUAGGCGGGAGGGGGCCUCGAGGUCCCGUACCCGCAGCUGGAGAACGUCGGAGUGGGCACCAGGCACUGCAGCAGAGCCCGUCCCCCGAAGACGACCCAAAGAGCCUUGUCUUGUUUUGCUGCCCCCGGCGCCGGGCGUCCGCUGCCUGAGGGCCCGGCCAGCAGGGCUUGCUCGCCUUGCUCCACUCCCCCUCCACGGAAAA